GAAAAUGUAAACACAGCCAUGCGAGGGGAGUCACGCCUUGCCGCUCACCCUAAUAAUACUCCUAGCAUGAUCAAGAGAGUGUAUUUAGCUCGUGUAUUCAAUCCGUACUGCAAUUAACUAGCGAUCAGUGUUCCGUCACCAUGGUCCUGCAAGCACUGCCCCAGGACACGGUGCGGCUGAUAAAGAGCACUCAGGUCAUCACCAGUCCCGCAUCAAUCGUGAAGGAGCUCCUGGAAAACUCAAUAGACGCUGGUGCCACGGCCGUCUCCAUCAGGCUGGAAAACUAUGGCUUUUCUUUUCUGGAAGUUCGAGAUAAUGGCCGGGGCAUUAAGGAGGAAGAUGUGCAGUAUGUUGCCAAGCCACACUUCACAUCCAAGAUCCAAACUUUUGCAGAUUUAGAAACAUUAAGCACAUAUGGGUUCCGAGGUGAGGCUCUGGCUUCCCUGUGUGCAGUGGCGGAGGUUUCCAUCACCACCAAGACUAAAGAAAGUACGUUAGGCCACACAUAUACUUUGGACCACACUGGUAGUGUUUCCACAAAGAAGCCUGCAGCUGCACCAAAUGGAACAACAAUAAUUUCUAGAAGCUUGUUCAAAAAUCUUCCUGUUCGAAAGCAGUACUAUAGUUCAACAAAAAGACGAAAAGAAGAAAUGAAGAAGGUUGAAGAUCUGGUGUCUGCAUUUACAUUAGCAGCUCCUGAGGUGCACCUCACACUGUCGCAUGAUAAAUGUGCUGUUAUUCAGAAAAGUUCAGUCAAGAAUAUCCAAGAAGCACUCAUGAGCACAUUCCCGGCAGUGUACAAAGAUUUAGUGUUCAAAGAGAGACAUAUAGAAGACCAGAUUCACAUAGGAGUUUACCUGCCAGGCUCAGGGCCGUGUGAUAAUCCCAACCUGAGUCGCACCACACCUGAUCGCCUCUUUGUCUUGGCCAACCAGCGACCAGUUAUCCACAAGUCUAUUGAAAAGCUGGUAAAGGCAUACUAUAGCCAGAAGUCGCAGGGCAGCCAUGGACGCUAUCCCUUUGGUGUGGUGACUCUCACUCUGCCGCCCGGUGCCAUGGAUGUCAACCUUGAACCCAACAAGACUAAGAUCCUCCUGAAUGAUGAGAAACAAAUAUUAGAAGCAAUACAAGAAGUUUUGAGUGAGUUAUAUGGCACACUUGACCAUCCUAAGAAAUGUAAUGCAGAGGACUCACCUGACCUGAACUACCAGACAGACAUAACCUGUACCUUUGGUGGCUUAACUAAAGAUUCUGCUCUGGAAGAAGAAAAUGCUAGAAAAAAUAAAAAUGCAGAUGUAGAUGAUUUCCUUGAUGUGAAUGAUGAAAAGCAUUUAUCAAUGCGCAGUGAAAAAAUCUGGUCAUCAUCUAGCAAUCAAGUAGCUGCCAAAAGUGCCGGUGGAGGAAAAGUUGCCUUAAGUAAACUUGGUGAUCGUUGUGGCAAGACAGAUGAAAAAGAUCCCUUUAGAAGACCCCUUCAAGUAAGCCAGGGAGAAAAUGAAAAUGAACAAGGAAAGAGUCAUCUUUCCUUCAAAAGGACUACAUGUGACAUUGAUGAGUUACAGACUAAUGACAGGAAUGCUACUAAGAAAGAUGAAUGCCAAGGGAAGAGUAAAGUCGUACAUACAAGUACUCAGCAGUCACUUGAAGCAUAUUUUCCUUCCAUUCCUGAAAGUAGCAUUUCACUUGAUGAUGAGUUCAAAUUUUUUAAUGUAAGUGAUUCAAGUGUUAUCAAAAGUUUAGAGAAUGAAACAUCAGGGAAACCUCCUCUCCCGCUUUCCCCUACAAAUGUGCUUCCUAAAAGUGAUGGUUCAGGGCAGAAUCAGGAUACAGAAAAAAAAUACGAAGAUUCAUCUCCUACAGCAGAUCAAGAUGCAAGUAAGCUCCAUGAGUCCUUCACAGGAUCAGAUGGAAUUCCUGUUUAUAAAAUCCCUCUUCUACCUCCUUUUGAUGAUACUGACAGAGAGGCUGAAGAUGACAGCCCUGUCCAAAACAUUGAACCAAUGGAUGGGGGCUCCACCAAGAUUGCCACUGAGAAAAUUUCAUUGCCCAAUGCUGAUUUAGGGGAUGUCCAGCCUGACAAGCCAGCAGACCUUGAAGAAAGAGACAAAAACAGUGCAGGCUCCUGGAGCAGAGGAAUGCCAAUCAAUGGAAAAAAUAUUCAGACUGUCCAGCUGGUGACAACUGCUGCCCAUGCAUCAAAGACUUCUGGGUCAAGCUCUGGAGCUGGCGAUGCUGAGAAGACAGCUAAACGCCAAGCUCCCCCAGCAGGUGGCAGUUCGUCUGUUGCACCACCAAAGAAAUUGAAAACAAACUCCUUAGGUCCGGGUGGUUUUGAUUACGUCUACGGGAAGCCAGUGAAAAAACCUUCAAGUCCAUUUAUAUUAUUCUCGAGAGACAUACGUGGCCAAGUUUUGUCUGAACACCCUGGAGCUGAUUUUGCAUUCGUAGCCAAGGAGAUGGCAGACAGGUGGAAAGCUCUGGACAUGGAAAGGAAAGAUUAUUACAGAGACAUGUCCAAGGCCGAGGCUGAAAAAUACCACGUGGAAGUGAGACUAAUUAAAGAAAGUCGAGGACUUAAUGGAGACUCACCACUGGUUAAAAAAUGCAAGACUGGAGCUUCCUUGGAUAGGUACAUCGCUCCUCUCACACCCUACAUAGAGAGAAGCAAAAAGAAAAUCAUUCAGCAGCAGCCUCUUGUUUCCCAUCGGCCUUGGCUGCAGCAUUGUAAAGAAGUCAGAUGUUCGGUAGACGUAAUUAAAGAUAAGAUUGAAAAGAGGCAUUCUAAAAAGAGUAAUGCAGAUGGCAUGACCAUAUUAGGUAAUGUCACUGCUUCUGGUGGCUGGGUGUGUGCGCAAGGGUCUGACAUUAUGGCCCUUAAUGUCUACAGAGUCUGUGAAGUUGUUCUGAACAAUAAUCUAAUGAAAACUUUUGAACUCUCAAGGAAGCUGCUUGAGAACCCUAUACCAUUCAAUUCAAGUACUGUUGGACUUGAGAACUGGGCUGCUUUACUUAGACUGCCACGAGAACUUGUUCCUCAUCGAAACUUUUAUUGCGUCACUGAUCAGAGGGUCACUGCAAAUGGGUUGAACGUUGUCUUGUUUCCUGGUAUCACUAGCAGUGUUGCCAUAUCUCAUGGGGAAAUCACAGAAAUGACUGAUGCUGUUGGAUUUUAUGGCAUCUCAGACCUGAAGGAGAUUUUAUCCAUCCUGACCACCUCACCCCGUGCUACCCUUGAGCAGACGCGCCCCCUUAAACUCCAACACUGGAUAAAGGCAGAAUCUGUAAGAAUGGUUCGCUCUCAGCCAAACAUCUUGAGGGAGGAUGAAGUCCUUGAUGAAAUUAAGAAAUUACACUUGAUGCAGCAAGGUGAUGAGGAAGUAACCCAACAACAUACUGAACAAAAGUGCAUUCAUGGAAAACCCCUCUUUACCAAAUUGUAUUCUCUAGCAGAGCUGCCCAUGCCACAGAAAGCACACCUGAAUCCUGGAGACUGAAGCAGCUGGAAGCUGGUUUUGAAGGUGGUCGUUCUGCUGCCUGGAACUUUCUGAUUAUUCUCACCAACUCGUAGAAGGACUGGUCAACAUUGGUGCGGCUCUUGGCAGAGCACUCGAUGUAAGGGAUCUUGAGUUGCCGGGCAAGGGUAUGAGCUUCUUC